GGGGGAGAUGAGCCGACAUUCAGAUAACGUCAAUCGAUGUGUUGGUGGCGUGCGCAGGAGAUACAUAAAUGGCCUUCAGUCUUGGUUUUGGUCCUGGCUUUAUGACUUGAUAUUGAUAUAAUAGUAGACUUAAACUUCAUGAUCGCGAUGACGAGCAAAUGAUCCAUGAUCGGUUGAGAAUGCGUCUUCAUCUUCUCUAUCCUCAUGGAAAAUAUUCGCAAAGACAAAAAGAAGUAUUCGGCACUCCCUGUGGUUUGUGCACCAUGGUCCAAGCGUCCUACUUACAUUGUCCUUGAAAACCAGACAAGCAAGAGAGAUAGAGAGAGAAAGGAGAGGCAUUUUCGAAUACCUCUCUGUCGAAGGCCCGACUGUUCAUGCUCUAUUUUUCGGUGGUACAAUUACAGUAGCCGUAUACAAGCAGAGGCACCAGAAGAGCUCUCUCAAAGCUUACUGUUUGAUUCGGUUGCUCCUUUGCCUCAACGCCUGCUGCAUCCUGAAAAGUAUCCACUCGUGGAGGAUGGAUAAGCGAUUCGUGUCACGACCCAACCCUCUUCCGCACGCUUUCCUUUCUCCUC